AUGAGUGUGGCUGCCACGACAGCCACUCCUCAAAUCGAAGAUGAUCUCCCUCCGGUUGUCUCUGACCUUGACAUCACGCUCACCAAGCCUCUCUACCCGCAGGUGGUGGUUACUCGUCCGCAUGCUCGUGAGCAUCAUCGACCUCUGGCACCGUCUGGAGCCCGCUCGCCAUCUGUCGCCUCUAUAGAUGAUGAGCCCAGCACUGAUGUCAUGUCGCACUUGCAGUUCAUUUGGUUCGUUCAUCCCGCUACAACUGGCCGCGAUCAAGAUGCCGUGAGCGCGCAGCUGAAGGCCGCUGCUGCCGCUGAGUGUGAGGGCCUGGAGCAGCAGGAUGGUGAGGGAGCAGGGGGAGUUAGGAGUACCGCGACACCGCCUUCGACUGAGGAGGCGGAGGCGUUGGCUGCCGUGGUUGAGAAGGAUGUGAAGAAGAGGUCUCUGGAGUGA